AUGACCAAGCUUCAUUUCUGAAUUGCAGCCAACUUAAGCAGCAUAGUGAGACAAGCAUUCACUUUUCAGAUGUGUACUUUAUAGUAAGAAGGGAAGUAAGAAUGCAACAAAUGGUGGUGGAUACGAGCUUUCAGUGUUUUGCUUGCUUUGUACACGGACCAUCCUAGGCAGACAAGUGGUUCCCUCUGCCCUGUGCCCUCACGUCCCUCUCCCCGCCUCUGGGCACCGACUUCUGUGCUUUCUCCUUUGCCCAGCCACCGCCUGAUUUGGUGCUGCUCGUGGUGGUGUUGACUCUGGGCUCUGUCUGCUGUCACCGAAGGGGCUGUCGUCUGGCCGAGCAGAGAGGAGAAUGGCAGAGGCAGGAUGAAGUUCCCAAAGGGAGCCGGCGUUUCGUGACGGCAAAGCCACAGGACAAAAAGACCACGGAGGGCCAUGGGGAUUCUCCCAGCCGUUUGGGAUACACCUCCGUGCGGUGUGUCACCAUCUGCACGAACCUCCCUGAGCACCAGCGCGGCAAGAUCUGGUUUCCUAGGAGGAGCCGCUCCUGGGGAGGCUGAGCAGAGCCGUGCUGGGAGCCCACAGGACGCUGCGAUCCCUCCCCGCCUUUGCCUGUGGGAGGUGGGCCCUGCUGUGGGCUCCCCCCGGUAGGCAGUUCUCAGAGCAGUGCUCAGGCAGCGACCUUCCCCAGGACAGACAGGUGCAAGCAGUGCCCUGGGCGGCUUUGGUUACGCAGAACACUGAGCAUGACUAAUCCCAGCACCAAGGGAUCAUUCCUCUCACAGCCGAUGGUGAAGAGCGUGCUGGUAUAUCGCAACGGAGAUCCUUUCUUUCCGGGACGUCGCAUUGUCAUCAAUGAGAAGAAAGUGUCCAACUUUGAGGUCUUUUUGAAAGAGGUGACAGGUGGGGUGAAGGCACCUUUUGGAGCUGUGCGUAACAUUUAUACGCCUCGGGCUGGGCACCGUGUCCGGCAGCUGGAGGAGCUGCAGAGUGGAGAGCAGUAUGUGGCUGGUGGCAGGGAAGCCUUCAAGAAACUGAACUAUUUGGACAUAGGAGAAACAAAGAAAAAGCCUGCUGAAGUCAAUAAUGAGCAGUCAACAGUGGAAGAUGUCAAGCCAGUUACUCACAGUAGAAUCACUGCAUCAGCCAGGUUUCGAAAACCGUUCCAGGAGCCCUACACGAUUUUCCUGAUUGCUAAUGGAGACAUUAUUAGCCCUGUAGUGCGCCUCCUUAUUCCCAGGAAAACUCUGAAUCACUGGGACCACAUUCUUGAAAUGGUUACAGCAAAGGUUUCCCUCAGAAGUGGAGCUGUUCACAGACUUUACACUUUAGAUGGAAAGCAUGUUCAGAAUGGGUCAGACUUGGAGAAAGGGCAAUUUUAUGUUGCAGUGGGUAGAGAAAAGUUUAAGAAGUUACCAUAUGGUGAGCUGCUGUUUAGCAAAUCUACCAUAAGGCCACAGGGUUCUAAAGCAUCCGUACUGCCUCCAAUUGCAGGAUCUCGAAAAUCUAAAGGCAGUGGAAAUGAUCGGCAGUCUAAAUCUACUGUUGGAUCCAGUGACCCUGGAGAGAACAGUUCCUCACCUCAGCCUCCAAAAGAGAAGGUCAAAAAAUGCCAUAAUCCAGAGGAUUCCGUGUCCAGAGGACACAGUUCUAACAAAUCUACGAAAGCAAAUCAAACGGCUUCUACAAGAUUCCUGCAAGAUAAUGGUGAAGGGAUUUACAGAGCUAGAGAAAAGCAAUCUGAAACGUGGGGGGCAGCUGAAGUUCAAGAAGAUGAAGACACUCGUGUAGAAGUUCCAUUGGACCAGAGGCCAGCAGAAACUGUAGAUGAAGAAGAAGAUGCAGAAGAGGAAGAUGACAGAGGAGAGGAGGAAGCAUAUAAACAGAAGGAAGAACAUUCAGAAGUGAAUGGAGAGGAAAAUGGGGAAACUGUUAUGAGAAGUAACAGAGGAGAAAAUAAGAAUAAAUUAAAUGGGAAUUAUGAACACAAAAUAGAAGAAACAGAGAAUGUUGAGCAGGCAGAGGAAGAGGAGCUCACCCAUUUAAAUGGCAAGAUAGAUAAAGACAGUGAUGGGCUGAUGGAGCAGAUGAACAGCCACGAUGAUCUCCAGCAUGAAGAGGAUAUAAAAGAGGAUUAUUCUGGCAGUCAGGACCAGGUUGAUUCCCAUCAUGAAAAAGCAUCCAGAAAUCCAAGGGUGACAAUCACUAGCCCACAGGAAAGUGAAACAAAGGACCAGAGCAAUGGCUAUGCUGCAGUUGCAUAGAUAUAAGGAAAUGUAAUCAGUGGGAAAUGAAAUACUGCAAUACUUUCAAGCAUGUUAUUUUAUGAUUUAUAGCUUAAAAUGGAAAGAUAGAUUUGAGUACACAUAUAUUGAGUCUUGAGAUGAUAAUGGCAUAUAGAAUAAUAGGACGUAAACCUUAAUAUCUACUAAAUAAUACUGAAUUAUUUUCACAGGAUGUGAAAUUUCUGAUGGAAUUUGAGAGAAGAAAUGUAAUACUACUAUAUAGUAAUGUUAGAAACAUUAGAAAUAAACUAUUUUGUGGUUUAAAAUGGUUAUCAGUAGCAGAGUCAACUAUACAAAUGACAGUGGUCAAGAAAAAGGGUAAAUAAACAAGUUAAAUAUCAGAACUUCUUUGCAUGAUCAUUUAGAAAAGAGAAAUAGUCUGUGACUUUUAAGGGUAAUAUAAGUAGCUUUUCCCAUUGAAAUUCCACAUGAUAAAUUCUAUUUCCACGUGUAACUUGAAGAUAGAAAUGGAAUGCUUUGCUCACUUAAAGGAUAGCAAAUAAGAUGUACUAUGAGUCCUAAUAUUACUGGAUAGUAGCUUUCAGUAUAUUAAUUGGAAUAACUUCUUUUUUUUUGGAUUCUUAACUAGCACUUUUUUAGCAUUGUGAGGAUAGGUUGGCAGCCUGCAGUGCUGCAGCUUAUUCACACCUGCAACAGUAAGUUUUGUUGGUUGUUCUGCACCAGUUCACCACGCAGUGAAUUGUUAUUAUAGUGAAAAAAGAAUAAAGCACAGGUAUGCAGCAGGUCAGACAAGGAGCAGAUCAAUUUGAUUUCAAGUGAAAUCUAAUUUAUUAAUGAAAAAAAAAAAUAAUGAAGAGACCCAGAUUCAGACUAAAAUUAGCAUGAAAUCAUUGUUAUCAAUGGAGCCAUUUUAAUAUGAAACACAUUAACAUAAGAUUACUAGUUUACUGUAAAAUUCAGCAGCUGCUGUUGUGUUUAUGAAUCCCUCUUGUAGCCUUAAUGCUUGAAAGCAUAUUAUCAUCUUUUUGAGUUAGCAGGUUCCUGAUAGGCUGUGGCUUCAUUUGCAUUAGAAAAUAAGCCAUUGAUCCCCAGUAUUAGCUCUCUUAAUGACAUCAACACCAUUACUCUUACCAGUUCUCUGUUAGUAAUAGCAAUUAUUUGUAGAUCAUGAAAUACAGCCCUGAACAUAAUGUCAUUAAUUAUAUAAAAUACAUAGUGAGUUUCCCUAUCAUUAAUGCUGGUAAAUGAUGACGAUGAGAAAUUAAAUGUCAUUUUUAUUGAUUUCGUGCUAUUAAGACCAAAAUUACAUUCAGAAACAAAUUGAACUGUUUGAAGGAAGUGUAGAAAAAUGAUUUUGACUGAAACUCAUAGAAAUAUCUGCACUUUUCUACCAACCAGACCAGGAAGCUCUGUCUCAGCCUACCUUCUAAAACUUCUUGCAGAGCCCACCAAGGAAAAUGGCUUGUGCUCCAUCCUCACUCCUUUAGAGGUGAAUAGAUCAGCAGUAAGCAUGGUGCUCGGUGUGCUUAAGAAUCAAGACAGAUGACAAUUGUCUUGUAUUGACAUUACUAUGAAGAGUUGUUGGCUUGAAGUUAAUGGUAUACUGGAGUACCAGAUUCUACAUGUUGUCGUCUUAUUGCAGGUGAAAUCCUGAACAACCUCUGAGAUUUUUUUCAUCCUCAGACAUUUGAAACUAAAUCGACAACCAAACAUGUCUGAUAAUUAACAUUUUCCUUAAAAUGUUAUACUUAAAAAAAAAAAAAAUGCUUAGAAGAAGCACGGUUUUGUACAGAGAUUCUCUGUUUUCUAUUCAUAACUUCUGUCUGUUGUUUCUGUCAUUUCUUCCCUUUUCUGCCAAAGUCCAGUGUCCUCAGUGCUUAAAGACCUACAAAUAUCAGUCAGAGUUAUUUAAAUCUUCAAGUAAAUUCUAGGGAACUGUAAUGUGAUAAUUGUCUUUUAUGGGAAUGUGAAAAUCCCAGAGAGUUACCCAGCCUUUAAAAUGUUUUUCUCUCUGCUGUUCAUCUUGUAAGAAAGAUUGAAUAUUUUGCUUCAGAAAAACAAACCAGACUUUGGGGAGAGAUACAGCCCAUUUCAUCAUUCACUCCUGCAGUACUGAAAACAUCUACUUUGUAUCUGAUUCUCCGUACAGAGAAAAUUGAUUAAUGCAUAACAAUUCUGAUGUUAACAGAAAUUAAUCAAGAAACACAUGUGUGGUCUUGGCUAAAAUAUUUUUGUGAAUGUGAAUUUGCUAUGAUGACUUAAAUCGGUUUUACGUGAGAAAUAUUUCUUUUUCUUAAGCUUACAUGGUCUUACUUUAA